AUGGAGAGGGAAGGCGGCGAUGUCUUCAUGCCGGACGUGGCCGUGCCUCCGCCGCCGCCAUCUAGAGGGGCGCGAGACAAGCAGCCGGCUGCCCCGCCGGCGCCACCAGCCGGCAACGAGGUGGUGACGGGCCCGACUCUUGAGGCCCACACACCCACGCGCCGUCGUCUCACGAAGGCGACCUCAGCACCACGACCGCUGGAAGCCAGCGCCGCGAGUUCAUCAAUCCCAGAUGCCGAAGCGACCAGCGCUGCGCCUGCCGACUGGGUGCGUGGAGGCAGGACGGGAGCCUUAAACCAGGCGGUUCUUGACGUCCAGGCCAAACUCCGAGCUGAGGCGGACGCUCUCAAGCAGUGCAAGAAGGCGUUCUUGGAUUCGCGAGCGGCCAUUCGGGAUUAUCGUAACCUUCGCGCGGCCACCUUCAACUCCAACGUCCGAGAGCUGGACCAGCGGACCGCCGACUUGUCCGAAAGUCAGAAGGCCAACGCCAUCCUGCAGCAGCAGCUGGGUGAAGCCAACACCGUGUUGCGUACCAAGGAGGCAGAGUGCAGCAAGCUGGCCGAGGAGCGUGACCGACUGGCCAUGCAACUGGCAGUGCAGGUGGAGCUUCUCCAGAAAGCCCAGAAGGAGGCGGAGGUGAAAGAUUCCAAUCUCCUUGCCGAGUUCGAGACUGAAUGCUCCGCCUGGCCCGACAAGGAGGCGUUGCUGACUACCGGCUUCGGCAGGAUUGAAGAUAUGGUUAAUGACUUCUUCCCUGGCCACUCUGGCGCCUCCAACCAGGCCAUUGAGGCUUAUCACGAGGAGCGGAGGGCGGAAGGUCCCCGAAACCCUAGGCUCUCCCUCCGCGCGCCGGACACGUCCGCCCGGCACCGGACGAAUCGCGCCGCCGCCCCGAGCCAGUCGCCGCCCGCCACAUGGCGCCCCGCCGCCCGUACGCCCGCGGCCCGGAGAGCCCGCGUUUGGCCCCCGCGGCCCGCAUCGCCCGCCUCCCGGGUCGCCCGCUCCCCCGCCGCCCGUCUCCUCCGCCUCCUCCCGCGGCUCCGACCGCACCCGCCGGACCCCGAGCCGGCCGGCGACCUCGCCGCGCCGCCCGGCCGAACCCCGCCGCCGCCUCCGGGCGCCCUCGCCGGACCCCGCGCCCCGCGCCUCCUCGAGCCCCACGCCGGCGGCGCCUCCUCUCCAUCUCCUCCGCCGUCCUCCCCCGCUCCGGUGAGCAGCUCCAGCUCCGGCCACCGACGAACCGCGCCAGAUCCAGAUCGAGAGGGUUGA